CCACCAUUCGGAUAAGAAACAACAGAAAAGAAAAGAAGACAAAAGCAGAGCUCCAGCUUUCUGCAACCAAGGAAAUAAGUGACGUACAAUGGCAAUGCCCAAUCUUCAAGUGAGCGAUUGCUCCAACCUUAAACCUUCCUUAACUUCUCUCUUCAGUCCCCGCUUUCUCCACCGCUCCCAAACGCAACCCCACCCGCGUUUAAUCUGCAAAGCUUCUCUCCAGCAACCCCACCACUCUUCUUCUUCUUCGCCAACACUCGUCAACCGAAGGCAACUUAUAUCCCAAACGGCGUCGCUUUCGCUGUCGGUUGCAACUCUUUCAGCUCUCCAACUACCAGCCAAGUCCGAGGAAGUUUUGUCGGAAUGGGAAAGAGUCUACCUUCCCAUCGAUCCCGGUGUUGUCCUUCUAGACAUUGCGUUUGUCCCAGAUGACCCAAACCACGGAUUCUUGCUGGGGACAAGGCAGACUAUUUUGGAGACAAAAGAUGGGGGAAAUACAUGGGUUCCACGUUCAAUUCCUUCAGCUGAGGAUGAAGAUUUCAACUAUAGGUUUAACUCUAUUAGCUUCAAAGGGAAAGAAGGUUGGAUUGUCGGGAAACCCGCAAUUUUGUUGUACACUUCAGAUGCUGGAGAAAGCUGGGAAAGAAUUCCAUUAAGUGCUCAACUUCCUGGAGAUAUGGUAUAUAUAAAGGCAACUGAUGAAAAGAGUGCAGAGAUGGUAACUGACCAAGGUGCAAUAUAUGUUACAUCAAACAGGGGCUUUAACUGGAGAGCUGCUGUUCAGGAGACUGUCUCAGCUACUCUGAAUAGAACAGUUUCUAGUGGUAUUAGUGGGGCAAGUUAUUAUACUGGAACUUUUAACACUGUCAAUCGCUCUCCAGAUGGACGAUAUGUGGCUGUCUCAAGCCGUGGUAACUUUUAUCUUACAUGGGAGCCUGGACAGCCAUUCUGGCAACCACAUAAUAGAGCGGUUGCCAGAAGAAUACAGAACAUGGGAUGGAGAGCUGAUGGUGGUCUUUGGCUUCUUGUCCGUGGAGGAGGACUCUUUCUUAGCAAAGGCACUGGGAUAACAGAAGAUUUUGAAGAAAUUCCUGUACAAAGUCGUGGUUUUGGCAUUCUUGACGUUGGUUAUCGAUCGAUGGAAGAGGCUUGGGCAGCUGGGGGUAGUGGGGUUUUGCUGAGAACUACCAAUGGUGGGAAGAGUUGGACCCGUGAUAAGGCAGCUGAUAAUAUUGCUGCAAAUCUAUACUCAGUGAAGUUUAUUGAUGACAAGAAGGGAUUUGUACUGGGUAAUGAUGGUGUCUUGCUCCGGUAUCUUGGAUAAAGCUGUAAUGUAUACAUGGUAUUCAAUGAUGCUUGCAAUUUUGUAUAGCUGAUAUGCACUGCUCUCUUGGUGGUGAUAUUAAGAGGGACAAAUUCGGUCAAUGUGAUUCUUUUCUUUUCUUUUUCUUUAUUGGUUUGGUGAAUGUGAUUAUAUAUUUACUAUUUUACAUUAGAUUUCAGCAAAUGUUUGCAAAAGGAAAAAAAAAUGUUAUACCCAUCACGUGAGAAUCCAUUCAAGAAACCAUGCCAUGUUUUUAGCUAGUGGGGGGUGGCAAUUUGAGCUUCCUCAUGGCCUUUUGCCUACUUGAGAUAAAUUACCUAAUUUUUAGGUAUAUAUUUUUUUAAUUCAA